AAUACCCUCUUCUUCUUCUUCUUCUUCCUCUUUGCUUAUUUUCACUUUUUUAUGGACGUUGAAAUCAUGGGUUUUUAGUCCCCGGCUCUCUCCUUUUUUCUCAGUGUCCAUUUCUUUCCAAAAAGGCUACAUCUUUGAGGAAUCUAAAGCUAUACAAUUUGAACUAGUGGGUUUCUUUUUGCCCAUUUUUUGUUUGAUUUCAUGAUUCGGUUUUUUUUUGCACGUUUGAAAAGCUGUUUGUUUUGUGCCUUUAAUCUCAUGAGUUGAGCUUGAAACUUUUGGUCCAAAGCGUUCUUCUUGCUUCCCAGUGGAGUUAUAGGUUGCAUCUCUGGGUUUUCAAGCUUGAAUUAUUUGGAUUUAUAAGGUAUGUCUGUGUACUUAGUUUAGUUUGAUGCUUGUAGGUCUAUAUCUUUGAGUACACGAUGGUUAGCUUAAAGGGCUUGUUGUGCUUGACUGGAAAUUUUCAUGUUUGUGGAUUGAUUAUCUCGAAUGGGGCACUGACACUUGAAAAUGAAUGUUCUGUUUUCGACGAAAAGACUGUGAGAGCUUCAAGCUUGGUGCUUCAGACAGUUUUGCCGAAUAAUUGAUGGGAUGUGAGAAUUUUGGUGCUUUUGUGAUAAGCAUAAUUAAGUAGAGUAAUGGAAAUGCGAUUUGUUUUUGUAUGUUUGUUUAAGUUAAAAGAGAUUCUGCGGCGGAAUGCAUUAAUUCUUUGAUCAUGAACAGGGGUGUUGGAGAUAGGGUACUCAAGGAUGCAAAUGGUAAAGUUAGUGAUCAUCUUCGAAACCACAUCCAUUUGACUAACUGUAUCCACUUGAAUCAUAUGCAUAAGCACAGCCCUAUGUUGGCCGACCGAUCGCUUAUGAGGGACCUUAUCGUCCUUCAACGGUCGCGCUCCCUCAGGGACCCUUCUGCCAGUCCUCCCCCUUGGCAUUCUCCUUCAGUUGUUGAUUUGCUUUACAAGAAGGGUAAUAAGGAUGCUGUCCAGAAGGGGAGAAGGUCUUUGGGCCUCGAGAAGCAGACUGAUGGAAGGAGGCUCACAGCAAGCUCACCACCUUUAGAUGAUUUUGCAGCUUCAAAAGUUGCAAUGGGUGAAGCUAGUGUAGUACCGGCAACUAGUGAUCGUAGUAAUAGGAGCAGAGCUAGAGACAGUAGAAGAAUUAGGAGAGAAGAAUCUGGUAGGAGAAGUAGUAGGGUUGAUCUUAUGGGUGAAACCAAGGAGCCUGUAAUAGAGCAAGAUGGUAAUGAUUUGCCUCCUGAUGCAAUCUCGGGUAAUUCCGGACUGAAAAAUAGAAAGAGUAAAAACGCUAAGGGGAAGCAAGCACAAGGUUUUCAAAUCAAGACUCUGUCUGAGCAAUUGAACGACCUCCCCGUGGAUAAUGAUGAUGUACCAUCUUCAAAUGCCAACCUUUGUGGAAGGCAUAUUAGUCCAGAGAAAACUCGUGGGGAACCUGAAGUUGCCAUACGUGGUCAGUCAAGUGGAUUAAACAGGGGGAGAAGACGCAAGUUCCGAGGUACAAGAAGAUCUCGGGCUGCUCCUUCCUCUAGAGAGGUUGGAGGCCAAAAUGAGUUGUCAGUAGCUUCUAAUUCAUUUGCUCAGGAUUCUCUGCAUCAAAAGUAUGGUAUGGAAGAUGAAGAAAACAAAUAUGAUGAUCGAAACGUAACUAGGGCCCCUAGAAAUGGGUGUGGGAUCCCUUUUAAUUGGUCAAGAAUUCAUCACCGGGGUAAAACUUUCCUUGACAUAGCAGGGAGGAGCUUUUCUUGUGGUUUAUCGGAUUCUAGAUUAAGCAAAGGUCGAGCAGGUUCCCAUGGAAGAAAUGCUCCUGAAAUGCCUGUGGAAUCUGAUCCAUCAAGCUUAUCUGCAAAAUCCGAGGCGGAGGCGCUGCCUCUUCUAAUCGAGGCAUCUGGAUCUCUGGACAGCCCUGAGAAUGCUCGUUGGGUGAAUGAUUAUUCUGGGGAGUUGGGUAUAUUUUCUGAUAAUUUAUUGAAGCGUAAUGCUGAUUCCAACCUUGCAUCUGAAGCUAGAUUCGGUGAACACCGCAAACCGGGUGGGAACCUCCGUGGCAGGCACCAAAAUAUAACACAAAAAUACAUGCCAAGAACUUUUAGAGACCUUGUUGGACAAAACUUGGCAUCACAAGCCCUUUCCAAUGCCGUUAUGAAAAGGAAGGUUGGAUUCCUUUAUGUCUUUUAUGGACCUCAUGGAACUGGAAAAACUUCCUGUGCUCGGAUAUUUGCCAGAGCUUUGAAUUGUCAGUCACCUGAACAGCCUAAACCAUGUGGCUUUUGCAACUCUUGUAUUUCACAUGAUAUGGGUAAGAACCGAAAUAUUCGGGAAGUUGGUCCUAUAAGUAAUUUCGACUUUGAAAGUAUCAUGGACCUCCUGGAUAAUACGAUCAUCUCUCAGCUGCCUUCACCAUACAGGGUUUUCAUAUUUGAUGACUGUGAUACUUUGUCCCCCAACUGUUGGAGUGCCAUAUCGAAGGUCACUGAUCGAGUGCCCAGGCGUGUGGUUUUUAUUCUUGUCAGUUCAAGUCUUGAUAUUCUGCCUCAUAUAAUCGUGUCUAGGUGUCAGAAAUUUUUCUUCCCCAAACUGAAGGAUUCAGAUAUCAUUUAUACUUUGGAGUGGAUUGCAUCCAGAGAGGACAUCGAAAUUGAGAAAGACGCACUUAAACUGAUUGCAUCUCGAUCCGACGGAUCACUGAGGGAUGCAGAAAUGAUACUUGAGCAGCUCAGUUUGCUCGGGCAAAAAAUCUCUGUUCUUCUGGUUCAGGAACUGGUUGGGCUUAUCUCUGAUGAAAAGCUGGUAGACCUUCUCGAUCUUGCAUUAUCUGCGGACACCGUAAACACUGUAAAGAGUUUGAGGGUGAUAAUGGAAACUGGUGUGGAGCCUUUAGCUUUGAUGUCACAGCUAGCUACAGUGAUUACUGACAUUCUUGCUGGCAGUUAUGAUUUCACUAAAGAACGGCAUAGAAGGAAGUUCUUCCGAAGACAACCAUUGUCCAAAGAAGAUAUGGAGAAACUACGCCAAGCUUUGAAAACAUUAUCCGAGGCAGAAAAACAACUGAGGAUGUCGAAUGACAAACUAACAUGGCUAACCGCUGCUUUGCUUCAGCUUGCUCCUGACCAGCAGUAUAUAUUGCCUACAUCUUCCGGUGGCACUAGUUCUCAUCAUAGCCCCUUGCUUCUAAGCGAUGCAGACAGAAGAGAUGAGCUCCGUAAUGGUUCUAGAGGCCUGCCAAAAAAUUCUAGGUCGGAAAAUCUCCAUGCUGGAAAUUCAGGGGAUUUUGGAACUAACAUGGUUAACGGUAUACAUUUUGAUAAGAAGAGACAAGCUUUGCCCGGGAUGGCCCCACAACAAACCUCCACAGCCCCUACUGUGAGGCAGAAUUUGGUCAAAAACUGUAAGGGACUCGAAGAAAUUUGGUUUCAGGUGCUCGAGAAGAUUCUAGUUAGUAGUCUGAAAGAGUUCUUAUAUCAAGAAGGAAAGCUGAUCUCGGUCAGUUUCGGUGCAGCUCCAACUGUACAGUUGAUGUUCAGUUCACGUAUGACCAAAUCUAAGGCAGAGAAAUUUAUGGGGCAUAUUUCGCAAGCAUUUGAGUCUGUUCUUGGUUCGUCCGUGACAAUUGAAAUUAGAUGUGAAGCGAGGAAAGAUUCUGGAGCUGGCUUUCAUGGACUUCUCGGUUUACCAGCUUCCAACGGCGGGCCAUCUCAGAUGGUUAUGGAUCCUGGGUCUAAUUCCGGAAAUAGGAUGCAUAGAGCUGGGGUCGGCUCUCAAGUUCAGCCGUUGCACCACGAAUCUCUUGAUGCAGGGGGUGAAAUUGUUGAAAUACCAGCCUCUCCAAGAGAACCCAAGGGUAAUGAACGCGCUGAUAACUUAAACAGAAGAGGUUUAACGCUGGCCGAUGCUGUGGCUUACAGGAAACCAACAUUGGCAUCUACCACAGGAAGACGGAAACCUGAGGAACUAAGUCAUAGUCGGAGCAUUGUUAGGAGUAAGGUGUCCCUCGCGCACGUAAUUCAGCAGGCAGAAGGAUGCACACAACGAAAUGGAUGGUCAAAACGCAAAGCAGUCUCCAUUGCAGAAAAGCUCGAACAGGAGAACCUGAGAUUGGAACCUAGGUCGAAAAGCUUGCUUUGCUGGAAAGCAACUAGAGUAACUCGUCGGAAGCUCUCGCGUUUGAAAAUCCGGACACGAAGACCACGUUCAUUGUUGAAGCUCAUCGCAUGCGGAAAAUGUCUCGUCUAAAUCUCCGAGGUAGGUACGACAAGGAAGAUUUGGUGCAUGACUAGAUUGAAUUCAUAUUUACAUUUGUAAUUAGCUAUUUUCUUGCCAAGGUAAGUUCAAAUGUGUCAAAUUCAUUUUCUUUGAAUAAAUCAUUACGAGUCCUUUCCGAUGAGAAAAA